AUUACCCAAUGGCUAAAUCGACAGGGAUCGUGAGUGAUUUGGUCACAUGGCUUCAUGAAGAGAGCUAUAGUGAGAAGGGUCUUCGGUGUUCCCCGGGAGGGUACGGACCGAGCCAUGGUGAAACUGAGACCAGGGAGUGCUUGUAUUACAACGUCAACUGGGAGAUUGAAAAGACGAACCAGAGCGGCGUGGAGCGCUGCGAGGACGAGAAGGACAAGCGCUCGCACUGCUACGCAUCCUGGCGCAACAACUCAGGCGCCAUCGUGCUGGUGAAGAAGGGCUGCUGGCUUGACGACUUCAACUGCUACGACAGGCAGGAGUGCGUAGCCACUGAGGAGAACCCAUCCGUGUUCUUCUGCUGCUGUGAGGGCAACUACUGCAAUGAGAGGUUCACCCAUCUGCCUGACGCCAGCGGCCCAGUGAUCCGGGCCCCGCCGUCCACGCCCUCCACGCUGACUGUCCUGGUCUACUCCCUGCUUCCCGUUUCCGUGCUCUCGGUCAUCCUGCUGCUCGCCAUCUGGAUGUAUCGCCACCGCAAGCCGCCGUACGGCCAGGUCGACCUUAACGAGGAUCCUGGCCCGUCCCCACCCUCCCCUCUGGUCGGCCUUAAACCUUUGCAGUUAUUGGAGAUCAAAGCCAGGGGGCGCUUUGGCUGCGUUUGGAAGGCUCAGCUGAUGAACGAAUAUGUAGCUGUGAAGAUCUUUCCGAUUCAGGACAAACAAUCUUGGCAGAACGAGCGGGACGUCUUCAUCACGCCGGGGAUGAAGCACGAGAACCUGCUACGGUACAUCGGGGCGGAGAAGCGCGGCGCCAACCUGGAGACGGAGCUGUGGCUAAUCACAGAGUUCCACGAGAACGGGUCCUUGACGGAUUACCUGAAAGGCAGUGUGGUUAGCUGGAGCGAGCUGUGUCACAUCGCCCAGACCAUGGCCCGUGGGCUUGCCUAUCUGCACGAGGACAUACCUCGGCACCGGGGACAAGGGUCCAAACCUGCCAUCGCCCACAGGGACUUCAAAAGCAAAAAUGUCUUGUUGAAGAAUGACCUGACGGCCAUUAUUGGAGACUUCGGUCUUGCCGUUCGGUUUGAGCCGGGAAAACCGCCAGGCGACACUCACGGUCAGGUCGGAACCAGGAGGUACAUGGCUCCGGAAGUCCUAGAAGGAGCCAUCAAUUUCCAACGCGACUCUUUUCUGAGGAUAGACAUGUACGCUAUGGGCCUGGUGUUGUGGGAGCUGGUGUCUCGCUGUAAGGCCGUGGACGGUCCGGUUGAUGAGUACAGGCUGCCCUUCGAAGAGGAGAUUGGGCAACACCCGUCACUGGAGGACCUGCAGGAAGUUGUUGUCCAUAAGAAGAUGAGGCCGACAUUCAAGGACUGGUGGUUAAAGCACACGGGCCUGGAACAGAUAUGCGAGACCAUCGAGGAGUGUUGGGACCAUGAUGCAGAGGCACGCCUGUCCGCCGGCUGUGUGGAGGAGCGCAUCAGCCAGAUCAACAGACUCACGAGCGGCAUUACCUCAGACUGCCUGGUCUCCACAGUGACUUCAGUCACCAACGUGGACUUCCCGCCCAAAGAGUCCAGCAUCUGAGCCCGUCAGCCUGAGAGUUGACUGAACGGAAAACACGACUUUUUCCCUCUCUCUCUCUCUCUCUCUCUCUCU